AUGGCGCGUGCAGAGGGCAGCAGGGCGCACGGGGCGAACAGGGCAGCAGGGCGCACAGGGCUGCAGGGCAGCAGGGCGCACAGGGCUGCAGGGCAGCAGGGCGCGCGGGGCGCGCAGGGCUGCAGUGCGCACAGGGCUGCAGGGCAGCAGGGCGCACAGGGCUGCAGGGCAGCAGGGCGCGCGGGGCGUGCAGGGCUGCAGUGCGCGCAGGGCGCGCAGGGCAGCAGGACAGCAGGGCGCGCAGGGCGCGCAGGGCUGCAGGGCGCACGGGGCGCAGCAGGGCUGCAGGGCACGCGCAGGGCAGCAGCAAGGGCUGUAGCGGCAGCAGCAGGGCAGCAGGGUGCACAGGGCUGCAGGGCAGCAGGGCGCACAGGGCUGCUGGGCAGCAGGGCGCGCGGGGCGCAGCAUGGCUGCAGGGCGCGCGGGGCGCGCAGGGCAGCAGCAAGGGCUGUAGCGGCAACAGCAAGGGCUGUAGCGGCAGCAGCAGGGCAGCAGGGCGCACAGGGCUGCAGGGCAGCAGGGCGCACAGAGCUGCAGGGCAGCAGGGCGCGCGGGGCGCGCAGGGCUGCAGUGCGCGCAGGGCGCGCAGGGCAGCAGGACAGCAGGGCGCGCAGGGCGCGCAGGGCUGCAGGGCGCGCGGGGCGCACAGGGCAGCAGGGCAGCAGGGCGCGCGGGGCGCAGCAGGGCUGCAGGGCACGCGGGGCGUGCAGGGCAGCAGCAAGGGCUGUAGCGGCAACAGCAAGGGCUGUAGCGGCAGCAGCAGGGCAGCAGGGCGCGCGGGGCGCGCAGGGCUGCAGUGCGCGCAGGGCGCGCAGGGCAGCAGGACAGCAGGGCGCGCAGGGCGCGCAGGGCUGCAGGGCGCGCGGGGCGCACAGGGCAGCAGGGCAGCAGGGCGCGCGGGGCGCAGCAGGGCUGCAGGGCGCGCGGGGCGCGCAGGGCAGCAGCAAGGGCUGUAGCGGAAACAGCAAGGGCUGUAGCGGCAGCAGCAGGGCAGCAGGGCGCACAGGGCAGCAGGGCGCACAGGGCUGCAGAUCCCCUCCCCCCCACCGCUGCACCCGCAGCAGGGGGAUGGAGGAGAAAUCCCCUCCCCCCACUGCAGCUGCAGAUCCCCUCCCCCCCAUUGCUGCACCCGCAGCAGGGGUGGAGGAGAAAGGGGGUGGGCGGGGGCGGGGGGGGCUGGUGCUGCAGAUCCCCUCCUGCCUCCCUCUGAACCUCCAAGCUCCCCCCCCCUCCCAACACAGGCAGGGGGAGAUAGGAGAAGGGGGGGGGGGGGGGGCUGGUGCUGCAGAUCCCCUCCCCCCCCACUGCUGCACCCGCAGCAGGGGGGAGGUAGGAGAAGGGGCGGUGCAGGAGCCGCUCGGGCGACAGCAGGUUGGCCACACCCGCCACCCCCAUACCCUCCCCCACUGCUGCACCCGCAGCAGAGAGACGGAGGAGAAAGGGGGGGGGGGGGGGGGCUGGAGCUGCAGAUCCCCUCCCCCCCACCGCCACACCCGCAGCAGGGGGAUGGCAGAUCCCCUCCCCCCCACCGCUGCACCCGCAGCAGGGGGAGGUAGGAGAAGGAUGAGGGGGGGGGGGGGGUCGGUGCUGCAGAUCCCCUCCCCCCCUCUGCUGCACCCGCAGCAGGGGGAGGGCACCGGGGCCGCGGUUAGGGGCGGCAGGUCGCGAGGGGGCAUGGCUAGGGGCGACGGGGCCAUGGCUAGGAACGGGGCCGGGCGCUGGGUAGGUACGGGGCCGGGUGCUGGGCAGGUACGGGGCCUGGCGUUGGUCAGGUACGGGGCCGGGCGCUGGGCAGGUAUGGGGCCGGGCGCUAGGCAGGUACGGGGCCGGGCACUGGGCAGGAACGGGGCCGGGCGCCGGGCAGGUAUGGGGCCGGGCGCUGGGCAGGUACGGGGCCGGGCUCUGGGCAGGUACGGGGCCGGGCGUUGGGCAGGUACGGGGCCGGGCGCUGGGCAGGUACGGGGCCGGGCGCUGGGCAGGUACAGGGCGGGGCGCUGGGCAGGUACGGGGCCGGGCGCUUGCAGGUACAGGGCCGGGCCUGGGGCAGGUUCGGGGCCGGGCGCUGGGCAGGUACGGGGCCGGGCGCUGGGCAGGUACGGGGCCGGGCGCUGGCAGGUACAGGGCCGGGCGCUGGGCAGGUUCGGGGCCGCGCGCUGGGCAGGUACGGGGCUGGGCGCUGGGCGUGGAACGGGGCCGGGCGCGGGCUAG